AAUAAAUUAUGCUUUUUAAUAAAUACCGUUUCAAAUCGGGAAACUUAGCCUGCCAACCCACUCUUCCACGCGCAAACCUUCCCUCUUGAAUAAACAAAACCUACCACAAGCUUUAAGCAAAUCAACAAUGGCGACGCCCAACCCCCAGCAGAUCCAACAAUUCCUUUCCUCCGUUCUCUCGCAGCGCGGCCCCUCCUCCCUCCCAUAUGCCGAGACCUACAAGUACCAGAUUCGCAAGCACCUUCUCGACCUCAUCGCCGUCUACCCAGCUCUCGAGCCCAAAACCUCCACCUUCACCCACAAUGAUGGCCGCACAGUCAACCUACUCCAGGCCGAGGGCACCAUUCCUAUGCUCUUUCAGGGUGUCACCUACAACAUACCGAUUAUUAUUUGGCUUCUCGACACCUACCCUAUUCACCCUCCUUGCGUUUAUCUUAACCCAACUCGCGAUAUGAUUAUCAAACGCCCACAUCCUUAUGUUACCCCCUCUGGUCUUGUCUCCAUUCCUUAUCUUCAUAACUGGGUUUAUCCUUCUUCCAACCUUCUUGAUCUCGCUAGUAAUCUCUCCGCCUUUUUCUCUCGCGACCCACCUCUCUACUCCCAGCGCCGACUCCAGACUCCUUCCUCUUUUUCCGCUUCCUCCUCUGGUUAUGGAUCUGUUGGACAAUCCCCCUCUCCCGCGGUUUCCAGUCAUGUUCUCGUUCAGCAGCCGCCCAAGGCCUUCCCGCCGUCGCCCUACGGGGGAAGCGUCGCCGCCGGGAUGGUUCGCCAGGAGCAGCAGAAGACAGAUGAGGCGGGGGAGGUGUCCAGGAGGAACGCUAUGAAUAAGAUCGUAGAGAUGGCUCACGGAGACCUGGUGGCGAUGAGGACAGUGAGGGAAGCUGAAACAGAAGGGCUGUUGAGCGCGCAGGCUGUGCUGAAGACGAGAGAAGAGAGAAUCAAUAAAGGGUUGAAGGAGAUGCAGGAUGAGAAAGAAGGGUUGGAGCAGCAGUUGCAAUUGGUGUUGAUGAACACCGAUGUGUUGGAGGCUUGGAUCAAGGAAAACGAGAGCAAGACGAAGAAACUCGAAGAUCUUGAUGCCGGAGAUAAUACAUUUGCUUGCAUAGACGCUUUGUCAAACCAAAUGUUGGAUUGCACAGCCGCUGAUUUGGCUAUUGAGGAUGUGGUAUAUUCCUUGGACAAGGCCCUUCAGGAAGGUGCAGUGCCUUUUGAUCAGUACUUGAGGAACGUGAGAUUGUUGUCUAGAGAACAAUUCUUCCAUCGGGCCACAGCUUCCAAAGUUAGCGCCCACCAGAUGCAGUCUCAGGUUUCUGCCAUGGCUGCUAGGUUGCACCAUUAUGUCUCAUGAAACUCCAGGCUUCUGGGUUUGUAUAUAGUCAUUGUGGAAAAUUUGCAACUUUACACGAUUAAUCUUUUAUGAUAUAGUUACUUGUUGUUUGUUCUUUCAAAACGAUAAAUUUUGAUAUUAAUUAUACAUUUGCAUUUAUAGAAGGUGAUACUGCUGGAAA